GUAAAGAGUCUCGUCAAAUGAAACUUACGCCAUGAGAUGAGGGAAUUGGAACCAUUACCACUUGUUCCUUGCAUGAGCCGAGGCCGUCGCCACAAGGCUUGCAUAUCCUGAUCAGAGGCGACGUAGCGUCGUAGGUACGUGCAUUGGCAUAGGCAAGGGGUGGAGGAGUUGGCGCUCUUGGCCUCUUUCGAGGGCUUGCAUUGUUGGUAGGUGUGGCAGCAUGGCUCAUGCCAUGGAGUGUGUCCGGGGCAUGAGCUACGGCCUGCUUCAAAAGGUGACAGGCCCCAGAGAAGCGACAGCAGGAGCGCCAGGAAACUGUGCAGUGCGGUCAAGCUUCCUGAGCACACUGACUCUUCGAUCCUCCUCUUCAGCCAUCUCAGGCCCUGCUCUGCCCCAAAGCUCACAGCUGGAAGCCCGGCGGUUGGGCUCCUUCAGGGUUCAGGCGGCCGUCGCAGAGGCAGAGGCGGAGGCGGAGGCUGCGACGAGCACGCGGCUGAAGAAGUUGUACACAGAGAAAGUGCUGCAGCGGCUACACGGCCCCGAGGGCUUCUCCAAUCUGAACCGCGUGCCGCGGCUGCAGAAGAUCGUAAUCAACUGCGGCCUUGGGGAGGCCAGUGAUGACGCCAAGUCGCUGGCGUCCACGCUGCAGGACCUGUCCACUAUUGCGGGCCAGAAGGCGGUUGUCACACGGUCCAAGAAGGCCAUUGCCGGGUUCCAGAUCCGCAAGGAUGUGCCGGUGGGGGUGUGCGUGACGCUGCGGGGGGAGGCGAUGUUUGCGUUUUUGGACCGGUUGAUCAACCUGGCGCUGCCGCGUAUUCGCGAUUUCCAGGGGCUCAAGCCCAGCAGCUUUGACGGGAAGGGCAACUUCCACCUGGGCCUGCAGGAGCAGCUCAUGUUCCCUGAGAUUGACUACGACCAGGUGCAAAAGGUGCGCGGCAUGGACGUCUCCUUUGUCACUUCCGCGCGCGACAACGACGAGGGCCUGCAGCUGCUCACCGCGCUCGGCAUGCCCUUUCAAGGAACAAAGGGCAAGUAGACACAGGCUGCGGCAGGGCCAUCGAGUGGGGUGCUAAGACGCGCAUUGGCAGUUGGGAAUGGGUUUCCCGACAUCAGUCCAAUCGUAUUGUUGGAUUCCACUGCCCUUGUCAGAGUUCGUAAAACAUAUACGAAUGAGGUAUUGUAAAGUGAACGAGAACAACAUCUGGGCAGCCUGCGUUGACUUAUUUGGCUGCAUCUUACGUCAACCACCAGCGCCUUCGAUGUUCCCCUUGCCGCCAGGCGUGACCCCCUUCAUCCCUUCAUGGAAGACGGUCUCUGCGGCUGGCCUUGGCGUCGAUUAUGUGGACUCGUUAAUGAGAUCGGACUCUUCUUUAAUCAUGAUAAGCUGCGUGCGCAGCGCUCAAGUC